GCGAAGGGUGGUUUUUGUUCAUUGGAACCAGUGUGAGUCAAAAACUAUGUCGGAUAUGUGUUAUGUGGUGUAUUUGCAGUGAUGGACUCCUAUGCAUACUCUUUGACUAAAUCCGGUUUAUUCAACGUCAGGUUCUGCUUUUUGAAGGAACAAUCACCUUGUUGGUCCCUCUUCAAGAAGCUGUUUACCGGAAAGAAGAUCGAAAACAGUUUCCAAUCGUAUACCAAAAGGUCAUUUUGAGCAUUAUUUGCUUUUACUGCAUUUUUGGUAUGUGUUGCUGGGUGUCGUUUGGGGAUGAUGUGAAGACUGUCAUGACAACAUCGCUACCUCCGGGUCUACUAGCGACAACCGUGCAAAUGGCGUACAGCACGGCAGUUAUCUUUACGUUUCCGUUGCAAAACUUUCCAUCUCUGGAAAUUGCCACACGCUCGAUUGCUACGGUGAUGUCCAAUAAUUGUGGGAAAAGAACCACAUGGCUUCAGAACAGAAGCGUUAUUUCCUCCUUUCUUGUCUUCCUGCUAGCUCUAGUUGGUGUGGCAACAAUGGAAAGCCUCGAUAAAGUUGUGAGUUUGAUGGGUGGGUUGCUCGGCUGCCCCCUCGCCUUUAUCUUCCCACCUUUGAUUCACAACAAGAUAGAUCCCAAUAUAUCUGCGGGAAGGAAGCGGGAAAAUUGGAUUAUUGUUGGACUUGGCUUUUGUGCAAUGGUUGUGGCAACGAUGACGACUCUUGCAACUUGGUAAAUUAUAAGUAAUUGUAAUCAAUAAUUUUAGUGAUC